GUCCAAACUGACAAUGCUGGGGAGAUGAAGAUAGUGUGUAGCUGCUUCUGGGCUCAAGGAGGAGGAGAGGAAUCCACACGCCGACACGAUGAGAUCCAAGGCGAGGGCGAGAAAACUGCCCAAAAGUGACAGCGAGAUUGUAAAUAAUAUGUACGAGACCGACCCCGAUCUCCUUGCUGGAGAAAGCGCAGAGGAGGAAACUGAGGACAGUAUAAUGUCCCCCAUCCCUGUGGGACCUCCGUCACCCUUCCCCACCAGUGAGGACUUCACUCCCAAGGAGGGCUCACCCUAUGAAGCUCCCGUCUACAUUCCUGAUGACAUUCCAAUCCCACCAGAUUUUGAACUCAGAGAAUCUUCGAUCCCAGGGGCAGGGCUAGGGAUUUGGGCCAAAAAGAAGAUUGAAGUUGGGGAAAGAUUUGGACCCUAUGUGGCAGUGCAGAGGAGCACAUUAAAGGAAACAAACUUUGGAUGGGAGCAAAUACUGACUGAUCCCGAGGUGACCUCCCAGGAGGGCAAUAUAAAAAAGAUUCCCGAUGCCCUGGGCACUGAGAAGUUCUGUGGUGAUGCCAGCCAGGGCGGGGCUGGGAACUGGCUGAAGUACAUCCGAGUGUGCUGCUCGUGCGACGAGCAGAACCUGGCUGUGUGCCACAUCAACGAGCAGGUCUAUUAUAAAGUUAUUAAAGAGAUUGAGCCGGGGGAAGAGCUCCUGGUGUGCCUGAAGGAAGGAGGUUAUUCCCUGGGGAACAUGGCACCCAGCAUGGAAGAGGAGCCCUCGUUCCGCUGUGAGGACUGUGAUGAGCUGUUCCAGUCCAAGCUGGACCUGCGGCGCCACAAGAAGUACGGCUGCGGGGCCGUGGGGGCCCUCUACGAGAGCCUCAGCGACGACAUCAAGCAGGAAGGCCUUGGGGAUGGACAGGUCUACGAGUGCAAGGACUGUGAGAGGAUGUUCCCCAACAAAUACAGCCUGGAGCAGCACAUGGUGAUCCACACCGAGGAGAGGGAGUACAAGUGUGACCAGUGUCCCAAGGCUUUCAACUGGAAAUCCAACCUGAUUCGUCACCAAAUGUCUCACGACAGUGGGAAACGGUUUGAAUGUGAAAACUGUGUUAAGGUGUUUACGGACCCCAGCAACCUCCAGCGGCACAUCCGCUCGCAGCACGUGGGUGCGCGGGCCCACGCCUGCCCCGACUGCGGCAAGACCUUCGCCACCUCCUCGGGCCUCAAGCAGCACAAGCACAUCCACAGCACUGUCAAACCUUUCAUAUGUGAGGUCUGUCACAAGUCCUACACGCAGUUCUCCAACCUGUGCCGCCACAAGCGGAUGCACGCGGACUGCCGCACCCAGAUCAAGUGCAAGGACUGCGGGCAGAUGUUCAGCACUACCUCCUCCCUCAACAAGCACCGGCGCUUCUGCGAGGGCAAGAACCAUUACAGCCCCGCCGGCAUCUUCGCCCCCGGCCUCCCCCUCACGCCCACCUCCAUCAUGGACAAAUCCAAGCCCUCUCCCAACCUCAACCACGCCAGCCUGGGCUUUAAUGAGUAUUUCCCGUCCCGCCCGCACCCCGGCGGGCUCCCGUUCUCGCCAGCACCUCCAGCAUUCCCCGCCCUCACCCCGGGAUUUCCUGGGAUUUUUCCACCUUCUCUGUACCCCAGGCCCCCCUUGUUACCGCCCACGCAGCUGCUCAAAAGUCCCCUCAACCACACUCCGGACGCGAAGCUCCCCAGCCCCCUCGGGAACCCGGCGUUGCCCCUGAUCUCCGCAGUGAGCAACAGCAACCAGGCUCCUUCAGGGGAGGAGAAAUGUGAAAGCAGCCUGGAAAACUCCUACCUGGAGAAGCUAAAAGCCAGGAACAGUGACAUGUCCGAUGGCAGUGACUUUGAGGAUGUCAAUACGACCACGGGCACAGAUCUGGACACCACGACCGGCACGGGCUCUGACCUGGACAGUGACGCGGAGAGUGACAGGGACAAAACGAAAGACAAGAGCAAACAAAUGGAGACCAAGCCAGAUUUUGUCAGCAGCUCGGUGUCUGCCAGCUCCACCAACACCACGAGCGAGAUCCCUCUCUUCUAUUCUCAGCAUUCCUUCUUUCCUCCCCCCGAGGAGCACCUGCUGCCCGCCACGGGCGCUGCCAAUGACUCCAUUAAAGCUAUCGCCUCCAUCGCAGAGAAGUAUUUCGGGCCUGGCUUUAUGGGCAUGCAGGAGAAAAAGAUGGGUUCGCUCCCGUAUCAUUCCAUGUUCCCCUUCCAGUUCCUCCCCAAUUUCCCCCACUCCCUCUACCCUUUCACGGAGCGGACCCUCAACCACAACUUGCUGGUCAAGGCAGAACCAAAGUCACCCAGGGACCUCCACAAAGUCGGUGGCACCAGCUCGGAGUCCCCCUUCGAUCUCACCACGAAGCCAAAAGAGAUUAAGCCAAUCCUGCCGCCCCCCAAGGUCCUCCCAGCCCCGUCCUCAGGGGAGGAGCAGCCACUGGAUCUGAGCAUUGGCAACCGCAUCCGAGCCAGCCAGAAUGGAGGGAGAGAGCCACGGAAAAACCACAUUUAUGGGGAGAGGAAGCUGAUGGCAAGUGAGGUCUUACCUAAGAUUUCCCAGUCCCAGCUGCCUCAGCAGCCUUCCCUGCACUACGCUAAGCCAUCGCCCUUUUUCAUGGACCCCAUCUACAGCAGGGUGGAGAAGCGGAAGGUGACAGACCCCGUGGGUGCCCUCAAGGAGAAGUACCUGCGACCCUCCCCGCUGCUUUUUCACCCCCAGAUGUCAGCCAUCGAGACGAUGACAGAGAAACUGGAGAGCUUUGCAGCCAUGAAGGCCGACUCUGGCUCGUCCCUGCAGCCCCUUCCCCACCACCCCUUCAACUUCAGAUCGCCGCCGCCAACGCUCUCCGACCCCAUCCUGCGCAAGGGCAAGGAGCGCUACACCUGCAGGUACUGUGGCAAGAUCUUCCCACGCUCAGCCAACCUGACGAGGCACCUGCGGACACACACUGGGGAGCAGCCUUACAGGUGUAAAUACUGUGACAGGUCAUUCAGCAUUUCCUCCAACCUGCAGAGGCACGUCAGGAACAUCCACAACAAGGAGAAGCCAUUCAAGUGCCACCUGUGCAACAGGUGCUUUGGGCAGCAGACCAACCUCGACAGGCACCUGAAGAAGCACGAGCAUGAAAAUGUUCCAGUGAGCCAGCACUCCGGAGUCAUCACCAACCACCUCGGGACCAGCGCCUCCUCCCCCAACUCGGAAUCAGACAACCAUGCACUUUUAGACGAAAAAGAGGAUUCCUAUUUCUCAGAAAUCAGAAAUUUUAUUGCCAACAGCGAGAUGAAUCAAGCGUCGGCUUUAGCAGAUAAAAGGCCAGAAAUCCAGGAUAUUGAUGGCAAUUCCCAGUGCCACGGACUGGCAAACGAGAAGGCAGAAGAUGUGGACGAUGAGGACGAAGAACUGGAAGAGGAAGAUGAUGACAGCCUGACUGGGAAGUCCCAGGACGAGACGGCGUCGCCCACGGCGGAGCCGCGGGGAGCGUUCGAGGAUGAGGAGGAUGAGGAGCCCACGUCUCUCACCAUGAGCUUUGACCACACCCGAAGGUGUGUUGAGGAGGACGAAGCCGGCCUGUUAGAUUUGGAGCAGAUGCCGAAUUUUGGGAAGGGGCUGGAUCUCCGCAAAGCGGCCGAGGAAGCCUUUGAAGUUAAAGAUGUGUUUAAUUCCACCUUAGACUCUGAGGCAAUAAAACAGACUCUGUACAGGCAGGCUAAAAACCAGGCUUAUGCAAUGAUGCUGUCCCUGUCUGAGAACGCUCCCCUCCACACGUCCUCCCAGAGCUCUCUGGGGGCUUGGCUGGACAUGGCAGGAGCAGCUUCAGAGUCGGGGACCUUUAACCCCAUCAACCACCUCUGAGAGGUCCACAAGGCACUGGCCAGAGCCCAGGUGAGGCAGUGGUGGUGCUGCAGCCAUCCCAGCAAAAUCCCAACGAGCAGAAGAUGGAUGAGAGGGCCUCAGGGAGUCGUCUGGACUUUGGGCUGAGAAGGAAACCUGUCCCAUCUGACCCACACGCCCUGCAUUUUUAUCUCUCUAGAGUUUUCCUUUCUAAUUUAUCACAAUGAACCUCUCCCAAACUGGAUAACCCCGAAGCAGCCCCAGGAAUUUCACAGCCUGUAGGAACAGCAUGAGCAAGACACGAAUUGCAGCAGUGCAAUCAAAGAUUGGCCCCCUCCAACCUUCCAAACUGAGGUCACUGAGCCAGCACAGCCUGAGCAGGAAUGACAGCUUGGAACCACAGGGCAGCAUUUCCUUCCCAUCCAGCUGAAUGAAGCACCAAGGGAAGAGAGCCAGGUGUGACCUGUCCCUGGUGCAACUGUGACACAGCCACUGGAGUUAUGCCAGGGAAAGACAAAUCCAACCCACUAAACUGACCCCCCCAAAAGAAUUCUGCACUCCCACAGAAACUCCAUCCUGUCCUUUGCUCCCAGCAAAGCUCCUCCAAGGUGAGGCCACAUUGCCUGCAGUGAGCCACAUGCAGCUCCCAGCCUGGAACGGUGCUGGGGUUGGGGUGACAGAUGUGUCACACGGACAUGGAUGUGCCCUGAGCAAGGCUGGCAGAGCUCCCUGCCCUUCCUGGGAGUGCCUGGGACACAGCCAGGCUGGUGGAGCUCCUGGAAAUGCUUGGAUUUGCCCAAGCAGAGAGGUCACAGGGUAAAGGCUUCCCGUGUUGUGCAUAAGGAAAUGUGUGCUGGGCAAAGCCAGGGCAGCUCAGACACGUCUCUGCUGGUGUGUCAGGGUUUCAGAGUGACAUCAUCCUGUGCUGGUGGUAUCUGUGGCACAGAUCUCUGAUUCACACCGUUGUUUUGGCCUGGUUUUUCCCUCUGUGCCACCUGCUGCUGCUUGGCCUGGAAUUUAAGUAGAAAGAUGAACAUUUCCAUGAUCCAGCAACCUCAAGGGUGCAGAGCAUGGAGAUAAGAAUCCAGCUGUCUUUCUGACUAAAAUUUCUCACAGAGAUUUCAUGAGUGAUUUCCAAUCACUACCAAACCUCAUCUUGUCUACUGAUACACAGCAGCCUCCACAAAUCCUGUGGGCUUUGUGUUGUUCUCCCCUGUUGGAGCAGGGAAUUUGGAGAUGACAUUCCUUUUUGGAAUGGUUAGGAAAGCCAUGGAAAAGGUCAAAUAGAGGGUUCUAAGCCAGUCUAGUGUGGGAAGACUCAUUCCAGCAGGCCAAAACAACAGAAUCAGCUCCCUGAGCAAAGCAGAGUCAGAGUUGGGUGUGACACCUUUGCAAGUCAGCUUUGCACCCAAGAGGAUGUGUGAGGAUGAUUUUGGGGAGCUUUCCCCACAGGAAAGCAUCCGGGGUGGCUUUGGUACAGAGGGAACAAAAGGUAACUUAGCAGCACCAGUGUGUUUUCCCAAGAAAAUUCACCCUCCCCUUUUUGGUUUUCCACAACAUCCUGUGAAAGUGCCCAAGGCUCUGAGAGCACCAGGCGGUGUGACAGAGCUGCUUCUUGUAUUUGCACAAAGCUCCUGGGUAGGAGAGAGCCAACCCUGCUGAGGGAAUCCCAGCUCUGUGGAGGAGAGGGACAGCCCUGUCCCAUCCCAUUGAUCCCAUCCCAUUAUCCCAUCCCAUCCCAUCAAUCCCAUCCCAUCCCAUCCCCACAGGCUGCAGCACAGCCCUGCCCAGGCACUUGGCCUUUAAAUUAUUCCCACAGGGGCCAACAUGAAAAUAAUAAAAGAAUUCUUUCUUUUCCUGAUGGAAGCUAUUUUAAUCUGUAUAGAACUUCUCAUUUUGGGCUAAUUCCUUUCUGAUUUUAUUUCUUCCUUAACAGUAUUUGUUUUUUACAUUAGCUAUCAUUCUUGUGAAGAAACCAUGUUAAUAUGAGUAUGUAGUGAAGGACCAAAAUGGUGCUGCUGAGGUUGGGUGUGGGAUGAGCAGGGAGCAGGAAGAUUUUGUCCAUGUGCCAAAUGAGCCCAUCAGUGCUGCCAGUGGUGCUGCUCAUCUCCAGACAAUCAUCCCUCAGCUCCCCUUUGCCUUGGAGCUCCUGGGCCAUCACAGGAAGGUUCCAGUGAUUGGGAGGAGGAGGAGGCCAGUGGAGAUGCUGGCCCUGCUCCAGAAGAACAUGGGAACAGCCUUAACCAUGGGGAUGGAUCCAUCCUGUCCCUUUCCAGCUGCAGCUCCAGGACUCCUGGUUUGUUUGGAACAAACCACAUGUCUGAGCAUCUCUCUGCCAUGCUGGAACAGGAUCUGUGGGCAGCAGUGAGUGUUUGUGUGCUCUGACCAUGGUUUGUUCACCUUGAAGAAACCUCAGGGCAGGUCAGCAUCACACUCCACAGAGCAGCUGAGGGAGUGGCACUGAGCUGGACACCAAAAUGUGGCCAAUACUAAGGAAUGCAGGUGUUACUGUGGGGAUUUAUUUGGGGUAUUUAUGGUUUCCCCGUCCCUCUCUCAGCCCUGCUGCAGGUUGUGUCAUUUCUCCAGAAGCAGUUGGUCAGGUCCUUGCUCUGACUGAGCUCACACUGUCACUGUCCCCCUCCCCAGGCUCAUCCUGGCUCUCCAUGGAUCUCCUGAGGGCCCCUGGCCAAGGAGGUGUUAUCCAGCCAGGUGUUAUCCAGCCAGGGAUUGAGGACAUUAAAUUAUAGGAUUUAAAAUCAUGAUUUUUUUUUCUUUUCAUAUUUCCUAAUUCAGUUUCUCCCCAUUUUCUCUAGCUUGUGUUGCUGAAUCUCCCAAUUCCUCUAAUUUAGCACUGAUUACAAGUUUUAAUUUUUCCCAUUAAGAUAAAGAAACAGGAAGCCUCACAUAACUUCUGUUAACCUCUACCUUUUGUUGCAUUGCACUUGGGACGUGCUGCAGCUCACAUUCCAAGUGCAAUCCAACAAAAGGUAGAGGUGUGGAGGUUCCAUUUUGCUGCAGGUGUGGAGGUUCCAUUUUGCUGCUUUAGCAGAGAAUCUCACCUUUUCAAGGCUGCUUCCUGAGAGGUUUGUGUCCAGGAUGUUCUGCUGCCUUCCCAGUGCUGGGGAAGCUCUGGGAGCUUUGGUGAGACAUGGAGCUGUGGUGUCCAAGCCCAUGGACACGCUGGGAUCCAGGGCAGGUGAGGGUGGCAGGGAUGGGAAGAGGCUGUGGUGUGUCCAGGGUGUGGUUUAAACCCAGAGCUUUGUGUAGGAUCUAUUUAUUUAAAGUAUUUUCACAGCUGCAACAGCACAGAGGGGAGAAGGAGAAGCCCUGGGGGUUUUUGGAGUGGUCAGGUGGGGCUGGGAGCUGCACAGGGCUGAAGUUUUGGUUCUCCAUGAAGGGCAGAGCUUUGGCCAGAGCUGAACCUUCCUGCCUGAGCUGGUCAGGGAGGAGGAUGUGGGUCUUGUGUCAGUGCAUUCCUUGCUUCCCACCAGCUCAGAGCUGGAGGUUGUGAUCUCUCUGGUUGGGAGCUCUCCGGUGGGAUGAGCUGACGUUCUCCCAUGGGAUGUGCUGAGGUGCCACGUCCAGGUCCAGGUCCUGCAGGACACAUUGAGGCACCCAGUUCUCCUGCUGGGCUGCUGGCUUCUUCCCUGGGAUGUUCUCUUUGGUGCUCAGGCUGCUCUGGGUGCCUUUCCAAGGUGUCCCAGGCCAGCAGGCCAUGCUGAGCACCACGGGGACAUCAAUGCAUGGAACCCCAAACCCAAACAGAGCUGAACAAACACAGUGGGUGUGCUCAGCUGAUUCUGGCACAAACACCCUGCAGGGCUCCUGUCCUCCCUCACACAGCCAGAGGAAGCUUUUCCCCCUCCCCAAUCAGCACUUAGGCCCUCAGUGGCUGCUCUUGGGAGCCCUUUGGAAGCACUUGCACAAUGAGGUGAACGAGUUUGGCGCUGAGCAUCAAAGCACUGGAUCGUGAGCCCCCCGUGCCCCCCGGCCAAGCCAAUCUGCUGAAUUCCCACUCGGUUUUUACGUGCUGUACUGUGUGUGUGUGUGUGUGUGGCGGGGGGCAAGGGGUGAGGGAUCUCCCUGCCCCUUUUUGGGGGGGAUCCUGACCCUUGGGGACAGCGCUGUCCCCAAGGGCAGGAGUGGCAUCGCUUGGGGUCAGUGCUGGCAGCACAAGGGCACAAAAUGCUCUGCUCCUCGCUGGUGGUCAGUAGUGUUCUCACAAAGCCAUGAAACUUCUCCGUAGUGUUGAGUGAAACUGUGACUAAAAAACGUUCUUGAAUGAUUCCGAGGUUUCUUUUUUUUCCUCUUUCUUCUGUCGUUAAUUCUUAUUACCACUUUGGAAGAAGAAAUUUAAAAAUAAAAUUUAAAAAAAAAUAUAAAAAAAAAUUUAAAACUUAAAAAAAAAAAGAACGAAAAAGAAAAAAAAGGCAGCUUUGAUUUUCCAAAUGUGCAAUUCACAUGUGAACAAAGUAAUUCUGAAAGUAAUUCUCAGUGUAUUUUACAUUCUCAUUGCUCUCUUCAAAGCAAGAGAUGUUUUGCCCUGAUGUCAUUUCCAGCCUGCAGAAGAUGUAAUUUAAAACAUAUAUAUAUUGUGCUUGCAAGAAUCAUAAAUCUGUGCAUCCUAUGUCAUUCCUUUUCCCAUUGUUACAAUACAGAUAUGAUUUAGGUUGGAUUUUUUUUUUCCUUUAGACCUGUAUAGUGUUUUUUUAAAAUCAAUUGUAAAUGUCUGGUUUUCAUAUAAUGUUUAAAAAACAUUGAGAAAGAGGAUGGUGCUUGUUCCAUAUCAUUCUUGAUUGUAUAUUGCUUCUGUUAUGUUUAUAAGUAAACUGUGCAUGACUUGUGUUUAGCAGUCAUUAUUGUGUCCGUUUGUGAAAUUUUUAUUAAAAAGAAAAAAUUCCGUAGAUGCACUUAUUGUAUAUGUGAUUAGAUUUUGCGUCCGAGGCUCGAAGCCUUGAACUGCCAAGGAAGAAAGAAAAAGUGUUGGCAGUUAUUAAUUAAUAUGGAAUCGCUUUGUUGGGAGCAUAAUGAAAUAAAAGAUAUGAAGUGUAGAAAAUAAUUAAAAAAAAAAAGGCAAUUUUACAAAUUUCAUUUUGAUGCUUGUGAUAAAAGACAAAUGUACUUGUGUAGAGAAAUUCCUUUAAAAUAAUGAAUAGAAAAAGCUGAUUUUGAGGUUAAUGCUGUAGAAUAGGAAUGUAUACCAAAUGUAAUCUUUCCAAUGCUACAAUGAAUUUAUACAUGAGAUUGAUAUGCAAUAAACCUGUGUGCUUUUAUAA